AUGUGCUUCACUUGGGCAGUCCGUGGGCUAGAGCCGCUACAGCUCCUUACGGCUGACCCCAUCUCGGCUCGCUUGGUCUUCAACACCCACGGUGCUACGGGGUCACCAGCCUUGGUCUUGCCAGCUCUUGGUCCCACGCAAGAUCCUAUCCUGGCCCAUUGGCUCACAGAGCCUUGGUGUCUCGAGCAAGGAGCCUCGUCUAGCAGCACUUCUAGUAAGGGUAGCGAGGCUCACUCGUGGGAUAUCGACUCGGUCCUGAUCGGCAAACUAAAUGCCUUUAUGAAAGGGCUCAAGUAUUUGAAGGACCUCAAGCCCGGCCUCAUCGAGAAUGCUGCGGUGUACUCUAUGGGUGAGGGCAUUCUGGACAAGCCCGUGUACGCCCAGUUUGAUGCUGCAUUCACCAACCCUACUAUGAGAUGGGGAGCUGGUUCUUCAAUUUCUCAUGUGAACUCGGUUCAACUCCGCUUGUUGGUGCACAAUCUGCCGAGCUCCCCUGAUGCCAUUCGGGAUACUGUGGACCCUCCGGUGUGCAUCUCUUGGUCGGCCGAGUUUCGGGAUUCAGCAUCAACAGGAAACCAACGGCUCAGCCUGUGUGUCGUGCCCGAAUUCCACAUCCCUAUGGUGCUCCAGCUUAUCGGUUCGCCGGCUGACUUCUAUCAGAUCAAUGGCCAGAACGUUCGGGUGUCGCUGAACCAGUCGGGGAAGAAGAAGAAGCGUUCUCUCUCUCGUACGAUGCAUCGACGUUUGAGAACGACUAGUGUCACCGGCGUGUCACCAAGUGCCAUUUUCGGCAACCUCAGGGUGGCCUUCAACAUUUUACUAUCGGAGAUCACCUGCAAGUGCGGUGCUUGGCGCUGUGGUGCCUCAGAGAUCAGUCUUGCUACUGAUUCCUCAUGUGCCACAGGAAGCAUUGUUGGCUCUAUCCGUAAUGGGGUUAUCGGCUUUGAAGUGGUCCGACCUCAUCGCCUUACACCGGCUUUUGAACGACACUGCGCCUUUU